AUGCUUUUAUCUGCAAUUUCGUCAAACAUAAAUAAUAAUAGAGAUAGUGCAUAUAUAUGGGAUGAAGAAAUAAAAUGUCUCUUUCUUAGAGCAAGAUUUUCCCUGGCAACAUGUAUCGAUGAAUUUGUUAAAAAAAUAUUUGGGUAUCCACCCUAUUCUAAAGAAGGAACAGAGAUUCGAACUAAAACAAAAAAUAUAUUAAGUGAUUUUUGGCACAGACUUAAUCAAUCAGUAUUGG